AGUUUCGAAAUCGAUUCGGACGCGUCAGUAACUGCGACGAUAACGGCGUUCCGCGUCAUUCGAAGGGGACCAGUCAUCGCUGAUUGACGUCGCGAUGAUCGUUCGUGUUAAUAGUGCUGUCAAUUUCGAUUACUCGGGUACUCGAGUACACUGAAAACUGAGUUUGGUUGGGUCUACCUGACAAUGUAUAACUUAACAUGUUUUGGUUGAAAGAAAUAAAAUUUCUAGUCCUCAUGUACUAAAUUUGAUUCUAACAAUUAGAAAUCCUGUUUCCUUCAGCCAAAACGCGUUUGGUAGUUCAUUGUUAGGUAGACUUAACGAAACUCAUUUUUCAGUGUUACUUGGGUCUUUCGGUAACUGAGUAUACGGCUAAAUUCAGACGUGAUAAAUUAUUGAUUGUCUUAACGAUAACAAAUAAUAAUAAUAUUUGAAAUCCAUAUAUUCAAUUGCUGAAAGACCCGGGUAGUCGAAAUUGACAGCGCUAAUCUGAAAGUGAAAGUGCUUAUUGAGCAAACGUUUGCGACUUGAUUUUCUGACAGAGAGCUCCAACUUGUUUCGCCGGGAAAAACGCGACGUGCGAGAGAACGCACGGAGUGAAACCGUGUUCGAUAUAUCCGAUGUGUCAAUUGGAAAACGCGAGUUCCACUCGUGCCUCGAGCGCCUUUGCGAGGCGAGACGCAAAAAAUCUUAAUUACCUCGACAUGUAUCGAAAGGCGAUUUCCUGCCUCCUCCUGUCGUCGAGGUCUUGUAUGCAGAGCCGCAUACAUGGUCUCUUGCUCUCCCGGAGAACUUAAUAAUUUCAAACUCGAUCUAACAGAUCGGAGGGAGGGAGAAUCAGGCAAUUCCCAAAGAGGGUCUAAGCUACGAGAAACAAAACGCGAGUUUCGGUGAAUUAUGUUAAAGUCGUAGGUUGCGAUCACCCGAUGGAACGUUGACGGGGUGGUGGGUGGGUGGAUAGGUGGUUGAUAGGCGCACGAGGGGUGAGCCGAGUCGCAACAGGCGCGCAACUGCGCAUAGGAUGUAUAUCGUGUAAAAGGGAAGAGAGAGAGAGAGAGAGAGAGCAAACGAGCGAGCGAGCAAGAGAGAGAGAGAGAGAGAGAGAGAUGCGGGCUCGGGCUUUUCGAAUACGCAGUCGCGUGGAAUUCCCCGGGAAUCGGGUCUUUCCGGGUCUCGGCGACACGGUUUUCCCCUCACUCGGCGCACCACAGCGAAGGCAGGUAGUCGACGACGCGCUACUCACGGAUUCACUCACGGCAACAGGUGACGGGAUCUCGACCGAGUCCGGAGGAGCGAACGAAGCAGAGAUCCACGAGAGCGGAAAUCGCGAUCGAGCAACGCGCGGGGAACAGUUUGGGCGCGAGCGUUCAGCAGCUCCGUAGGGCGAAGGUCGCGAGAGCGAGGAUCUUGGAAGGAGCGAGAUGAGUGUCGAGGACGUCAUCAAUUACUCGCCCAGUGAGGAGGAGGACUAUUACGCACUGUUGUCCUGCGACGAGUCUUCCACGGUUGAGCAGAUCACAGCGGAAUAUAAAGUGCUAGCGCUUCAAUACCAUCCGGACAAGAACGAGGGUGAUAAAGAGGCUGAGAAGAAAUUCCAGCAGUUAAAGUACGCGAAGGAGGUUCUCUGCGACCCCGAGAAGAGGAUCAACUACGACAAAUGGCGAAACAGCGGUAUCAAGAUCAGUUACAAGCAAUGGCUCGGCAUGAAGGAGCAUGUGCACCAGACUAUGCACUGGAGCACGCCGAAGACGAAGGACCGGAUGCUGCCGGACACGAGCGGAGAAGCGGGCGGCUCGCCAGCUCACCUUAGGAGCCACCCUCCAAACGUACACAGGAGGGCAUCGGAGGGUGGGGCCACGAAUCUCUAUUACCGUUCGGGCCACGGGGUCCCGUUCAAUUGUCAGGAGCCCAGCGAGAUCGUCAGUAAGUUUCGCAAUUAUGAGAUCUAAGGAGAAAGAGAAGAAGUGAAGGGGGCAGAGGAAGGGAGAGAAAAAGAGAGGAGGACCGAGUGUCGUCUCUCGUCGGGACCGACUCCACUAUUACCGGACGUCUUUAUGGAAGCAAGAGUACGUACUGGACAAAGAUCUACUUGUAUACAAAUGUCGUACAGGGCAUUGGUCGGAUCGCGUUAACAUAUCGGGCAUGCUUCUUCGCCGUUUCCUUGCACGGGAAACGAAAUUUCGUUGGAUUUACUCGAAAACGAGCAAACCGAACGCGUUUUGGUGGAAGGAAACAGGCGGUCAUUCAACAAUUACGUCAUGGAAUGUUUGGCUAUUUUUCACUCUCCUCCUCCCUUUCGUCACAUUUCGUCACAAAGCAUUUGCCUUCGUUCAAUAUUACGUGAUAUGUGGAACUAUCUUCUUUCCGUCGGCACGUAGAGUAAGAAAAAUAGCUUAUAACCAUACUAUAAUACAACAAUAAUUAUACACUACGCUACUAUCUUUUACUAAAAUAUAAAUAAUUUUUAGCCAAAAUAUUAAAUUAAUUAUUCUAUUUUGUAAUUCUGAUUAGUAAAGUUCUGUUUUUAAAAGAAUAAGUAUUUAAAAAUUAACAUUUUGAUUAUUAUUUUGAUUAUUAAUAUAAAACCAUGUCAAAACGUGAAAAGUUUCAUCAAAUGUAACCAAAUGUGUCACGAAUCAAACAAAGUGAAUAAUCGUGGACACCCAUAUUUGUUAUGUCAUCUAAUGUGAUAUUCCUUUACUGCCCCCUUGUGGUAUGAUGGUAAUUGUUGAAUGCCCUUUAUGUACCAAAUUCAGUUUUGAAAUAACUAGAAAUUCUAUUUCCUUCAAUUAAAACGCAUUUGGCUCGUUUAUUGUCAAGUAAAUUUCAUCGAACUUUCUUUUCCCGUGCGGAUCCACCCUAUUCUUUCGCAAGAUGUUGCAAUCGGGGGAGGUGUCUCUAUCGUUUCCGCGCUGUCGACGCACAGUUUCGGUGACAAUGGUGAUAGAGUCCGAACAGUAGUAAAUAUCUUAAUCUCGGGGGGAAAUCCUUGCCGCUGAAGGCGCAACAAACCGGAUGGUCUCUCAGCCUGCUGCGUCUCGCCGGCUCUCUCGUUUCCUUCCGUCGCUCAGGACGCUUGCCGACUCGAUCCAACGAACAGCCCUGUACGCGCGGUACGUGCUCGCGAUUGCGCGUACGUAUGUGUCGCCUUCAGAUUUAUAUUUUGUUAUACUAUACUAAGCACGAUGAGAAAGAGAGAGAGAGAGAGAGAGAGAGAGAGAGAGAGAGAGAGGGAGAGAGAGAGAGAGAGAGAGCGUGUGUGUGUGUGUGUGUGUGAAAAAGAGGACGAGGAAAGGACCAGAGAAGGCUGGAGGAUUGGUUUGGUAUUAUUUAUAGCUCUCUUCCCGAAGUCUCUCGAGUAACGUCCGAUAUCGUCUGGUCUGGCGAAUACCGAGUCGUGAGUCUCGAGUUCGCGCAUUCUAUGUGUGUCUCUCAAUCUUACGAGGUGUUUAGCGACAGAGAUGUUAAAACGACGUGUAGUGUCGGGGGCUGUAUAGUUUAUCUGUGAUUCCGCGAAUGAGAUUUUUCCACUAUAGAGAUUAACUGGUCGUUCCAACCGUUAAACACUCUGGAAGGUGACACUUGAGCGCGGCCGGUGUCCUUCUACUUCGGACCCCGUUAUUCACUCAAGGACGGUAUUCUCAGUCUGCAGCUUAACGAUAAAAGUCGCAUUUCAAACUGUGCGUUGUCGCUUUCCGCGACUUUCAAUCGUUGACACAGCGACGAUUGUUACCUUCGACGUGGUCACGCGGCGGCGAUUUCCCGGCUAAAAAUACAAACUUGAAAUGUGUUGCGCACGCACGUUGCAAAACGUUGCCGCCGCGAUGGAUGCCCGUUAAUUGAAUCAAGAUCUUCCGGACGUCGCGAGCGUCACCGAGCGUUAUCGAAUUCGUCGGGCGCGACGUUUCGAUUUUCCCCGCGACGUUCGCGAAUUUAGAGACUCAAGGCAACAACUCAAAGAGAGGAAUCCCAACGGAGCGCUCAAGUGUUUCUUUCUACGAUAGAGAACAGAUCGACGACGGCGCACUUGUACCUGUGUCCUAUGUCAAACGCAAAACACAUCGUUCCCUCCCGACGACAGUCAACGGUUGCCCCUUGUCCCGAGUUCCCGAUUGUUAAAAUCGGUGCAGGGACCGCUCGCGAAAUUCGUCCCGAAAUCGCAGGGGAAAAACCGGGAAUCGAGGACUGACGUUGAUCGCGGCACGGUCGCUUAUCGACAGUACGAAACCUCACGCCGAUCAUUUCAAAUCUCCAUUGGCUGAAACUGGACGCACACAAUAGAUAAACAAAUAGGAUUUACACGAGAAACUCUCGGUGGAUUCGCGCGUUCCAAAUUCGCCGCUGCAUCGCCGGCUCGCCGUUGAUUUAACUUGUUGACCGUUACGUUAAAUUCACCUACAUUCUCCGUCGGGUCCAUAUUUCCCGUGUGUUAUUUUAACUUUAAUUUAAGGGAAUCAAUUAAUGCUGAAUUAAUUAAUUAAUGGUUUAUGGAAAUUUGGGGGUUAUCAAUAUUAAUGAUUGGAACGCAGAGAACGGAGAAAAAUUUUUCGCUGUCGUAACAAAUUGCUUGUUACUAUAAUGACAGCAAAAAUAUUUGCCUGGACAGCAAAAGGAUGUGUUUGGGCAGCAAAGAGAUUUGUUAGGAAUAUUAAUUGCUAAUUAUACCAACUAAAUUUUAUUGCUGUCGCAACGAUAUUUUGCUACAACACAAUUAUUUUUUCCGUGUGACAAACCCUUUUACUGCCAUUAGUAACAAGUAAUUCCUUGCGCCAGCAAACAAUUUUUCUCCGGGCAGUUUGACGUUGAAGGAAGAUCGUUUCACGUACGUCUGAAAAAGUCUGACGAAUAAGUCUGACGAAUAAGACGAAUGAGUGCGUUAUACUGUCAAACGUAUUAUCCUCCUAUAAAACGUUUAAUAAAACGUAUUCUCACCAACAACCGCGCUUGGCUCUUAUUGGUUCUUCUAUGUUUUCCGUGAUUGUUUAUCUUGAGAGCUUUGCACAAUUUAGUUUGUUUACGUUAACUUUACCGUUUCUACCGAUAGAAACGGCAAAAUUGAUAAACCAGAUAUUUGCAAUCUUACAAGUACUUGGUGAAAUUAUUCCUAAUCCGUAACUGAAGCCUUCACCCGCAAAAGGAUGACGUUGCUCCCGCGAAAAUUCUCGUAUAACCCAGAUACGAGUGACGUGGCAAUCAACGUGUCGAAUCCUUGAGCGAGCGAGCAAUUCGGCGGAUUCCCGGUCAGUCCUCGCGAGUAAAAAUUGCACGAGCGUCGCGUUUCCCGCCGAUUCGAUCAGCCGGUCGCGUUUUCUCGACGUUUCUCCGAUCGCGGCGGCAGUCGAGCGUUACUCGUCGGUGAAUUGCGUUUGGCAUAUUAUUGAAAAUGCCUACUUAUUAACCGGUAAUUAAUAAUAACACUUAGCGGCAGUUAACCCUGGAUGUGUCGAUGUGUAUAAUCUUAUGAUAAUGCGAUAAGCGUGCUCCUCCUGUAUUAUCGGGUGGCGGCUUCACACGACGCUGCCCGUCUCGAUCAAAGACGUCUGGAUCACGAAGGAUCGAAUCGAUCUUACUCUUCCUGAGAGAAGUGUGCGAUCUCUCCUGUCGAUCCUCCCUUCGGAUGAUGCCCGAAACACAUCACGUCAUCGGUCCAUCGCGUUUUCCCCGUUUCGUUUCCGUGUUCCGGAUGUAGUAUGACGACAACGACGAUGACGACGAUCCGACAGAGAGACACGCCUUAAUUGUGCACGAGGUAGGAAGACAAGAGGAUGUAAGCGGAGAGUAUUAAUUGAGGCCGUUGGGUAAAUCGGGGGCUUACAUCGCGCCUACGCCGGCUAGCGAACGGCUAAUGCGGUAGGUAAAUGCCAAUAUAAGGAUGGACAAAAUCGAUAUCGCUGAUAACGAACAGUCUAAAGACGUUUCCUUCUGUUUUAAAUUUAGAUCGUGCGAUCGAUUGUUUCCUUUUUCCUUCUUUCCCAAGGAUACACAAGGUCGUCGCUUCUUCGGUGGCUCUUGAAUGAGGCGGGACGAAGGGACAGUUGUUUAACACUGUAAAUAAUCAGACAUCGGAUACGAUUGUGGGUCAACAAGGUUUCCUCGGGGGCCUCAAUUAUCUCCCGCUUGGUUUCCGAGACACGUGUUGGCACGUGUGCACAUCUAUCAGGACCCGUUGCCGACUCUGAUUAUUUCGCUUUUAACGUCGCGGCCACACGGAAGCCGUUGAGGAAGCAGGUCAAGUAGCGGAGUCGUUACUUGCUUACCUUGUCGCGAAAUAUCGGACUCGUUGGCUGUAUCGAUCGCGCGCGCCUUCGAGGAGACUCCAGGAAUCGGCAGAUUGCGCGGAGGUAGCGAGCUAAAUAAACAAGGACCGCGAGUGGAGGCCAAAGGACCGCCGCGGGUUCGAAAAACACGACGCUAUCGCCUUUAUCAUUCUCCCACUUUUUCUUAGACCCUUUGACGAGGGAAGGUAAACGCAGAUAUAGCUCGUUGCUCGACUUGUCUCUCCCUAUAUAUCGGCCUCGUGUAAGCCCGACAUUAGUGCGCAGUCAAUCGAAUUAGUCGAACAUGUAAGCGUUCGCUCGCGCUUCGUGGGAUUCGCCGCGCGAUCGAUCGAUCCUUCCCUGGACGUGGCGCGGGACGAUGGAUGCGCAGUGAAAUUAAACGGCGCGACUUCGACGGCAGAAGUGCAUUUAGCGCAGGCACGCGUAAUGGGCGUGAGAAAAAGAAAAGAGGAAAAGUCGGGCGCGUUUCUCUUAUCUCGAUUCGCGUCGUUCGUUAAAAACGACGUGCACUCGGGAGGUGCGCAUCAAGCUAAAUUCAAUCAGUGGUUGGCCGGUGUACUUUCAUUGUGCAUUCAUUGGACGCGGGGAUUUCGUUAGGAGACUUUUCCGUCGCUCUCGCGGACGGCCACAUUAAAUCCAGAUAAGAAUCGUACGAGAGCGUGCCGCGGAAAGUUUUAAUCCGCGCGAAUGCCUCGCGAACUUUAAGAUAGGAUAGAUGGUAAAGCGUCACUACCGGGCAACGGCGUUCGCAAAAUUCCUACGCGGUCUGGUGUGCAAAAUCCCACGAACCUCGAAGAAAGCGGCGAACUAGGUCAAUAAGUCAGUUAAAGAUCAUCGAGGAAUUCGGGGAAAACGGAAUGGGUUAAUGGAAUACCUCGCCAUCGAUGUUGGCGGUAAAUGAGAGGAUUAUCGAUAUUUAUUAGAAAAUACACAAGGUUAUACACCUAAAUAUAUUAUAUUUCGCACAAAAGCGUACAUAAGCGAUGAAACGAUACCCACCGAAAAAUAAAGGAAAAACAAGAGAUAAAAAUAAAAGUUCCAUUCGAUCGUUAUCACUCCAUCGAUGGAACGGACAGUUAGAAUUGAAAUCGAAUCAGCGACGCGUUGAUCGCAAACGCGAGAACGCUGUCGACAUUUUAACGAUUUCUCUCGGCGGUCUGAAUUGUUUCGCAAGAAGAACCUUCAGCGCGAUAAAGAGAAACAGAUCUCGCGAUAGAGCUUUUUCGUGCUUUUCGAGGGAAAAGAGUGAUCGUUCCGCGAUACGUUCACGCAGACGAGAUUUAGGAUCGUGCGGCCGACCGUGUCCGGGAUCUGUUCCGGAAAGUGUCUACUGGAUCACCCUGUACAUGUGCUGUAUACUUAUAUUUUUCUAGACGGGCCCGUGCUUUUGGCCUGCGAAACAUUGUUUACACCUCACGUACCUAUCUGUCGUUCGUGAUUGACCUAUCGCAAGCUCCUGAGACAAAGGUCGGAGGAGCCUAUUGAAACGCCUAUCAGUACGAUGCUCAGACGCGAUCGAAGACCUCCCUUCGUGUCCCUUUUACGUUUAUUGCACGUGCAUUUACGACGUCGCGAUCGGAUAAAGCCGAGGAAUUUACACCUUCUCUCGAUAGGAGGAAAAUCCGAUCCCCCUCGUCUCUCCAGGGGAAUCCUGUGAACGCUUGGCGAUCCGAAUUCCAAAACAAAUCUCAUAUUCUCGAUUUGAGGCUGAGUUUCCUUUAAUGGAAGUCGAGUUGAUCGGAUUGGUCGACUUCUCGUCACUCUCGACGUUCCUUAUAAACAUUCUCUCACGAUUCACGUUCGAUACGGAAUUUCGAAGUUGAGAUUCAAUUGCAUAUCGCUGUGCCAAAUUCUCCAAAAUUUUCCUCGUUUUUCCAUCAGUCGGCGUGUUUACAUGGUUAAAAUGGUGCUCGUUAGUGGAAAUUUUUUUAACUGAUUUUAUAACGUCGAUCGCGUUUCCCAACGUUUAUACAAGGAUCAAUGUUUAUAUUCUGUUAAUGUUUACAUUUUAAUGAACGUAGUCACCAAACACUUCGAAUAAUUACUUAUGAAAUCGUUUAACGUGUAAAGUAUAGCCACGCGUUAUCAAAAACAACGGAUUUCCAUUGUCAAUGAUAAAUCGGUGAAUUGACGUUCUACGCGUGGACAUUCGAUCACUAUUGCCACAUUUUCAAGACUGCUCGUUCCGCGUUAAUUGAUCGUUGAUUAAUAUUCAACGCGAUUGGUCAGGACAUUGCGUGUAUCCUUAACAAGUUGCAUCUUAUUAUCGUUUGGAGUUAUAUAUAAGUUUUCAUUCGAAGAACACGAUGCCAAGAAAGAAAAAUAAUCCUUGUUUCUCGGGAAACGCGAGGGAAUACUCGGCAAUAUUAUUACACAAGUCAUUUGUUCGGUAUGACUUCAACAAAAAAGUAGUUCAUAUCACGUUGUGGUGAGUGUUAGAAUGACCAACCGCCGUGAAAUUCUGAGUUUCUCGAAAAAAAUGAUUGUUGUCAUUAAGUAAAUACACGAAAUUAUUAGAAAUAAGUGCGCGAAAUCCUUGACUCGCACGUUUCGCGCAGCUUACUGGUCGGCGAACGGCGUUUCCUCCGAUCGACCUCACGAGUCGCGCGAGAUACUUGUGCGCGCGCGCGCGUGUAUGCGUGUGUGUUGGACAGUGUGGAUGAAACAUAGGUGUGUGCAUGUAUCUAUAUAUAUUUAGAUACAUAAACAAAUACAUAUAUUGUAUAUUCGUCUCGCGCUGGUCGACGCGGCGAUGUGUUACUCGUACCAAUAAAAGAUUCAAUAAAUGUGUUUAAUUAUGAAA